GUCAUAUCCCUCCCCCUUAAGUCCAGCGCGAAAACUAUACUUUCACUUCUGUCCAUAGACUGUAAAUAUUACGCUCCUAUAGACUGUGCAAUAACACGCCACCACUCUGAGCAAACAUGUCUAAAAUAGACAAGAUGAGCAUCCUGGGGGUGAGGAGCUUCGGCAUUGAGGAUAAAGACAAACAAGUGAUCUCUUUCUUUUCUCCUUUGACUGUGCUUGUAGGACCCAAUGGAGCAGGGAAAACGACUAUUAUUGAGUGUCUUAAGUAUGCAACAGCAGGAGAACUUCCCCCUGGAUCUAAAGGAGGUGCUUUCGUUCAUGAUCCAAAGGAUGCCCAUGAGACAGAUGUACGCGCACAGAUCCGACUCUUAUUCUCUGAUGUUAACGGAGAGAAAGUGACGAUCCAUCGCUCCAUGUCUUGCACCCAGAAGGCAAAAAACUACACUUUCAAAAGUUUGGAGCAGGUCAUUACUAGAGUGAAGGAUGGUGAGAAAAAGAGCUUGUCAUCAAAGUGCGGUGAACUGGAUCGGGAGAUGAUCUCUGCACUGGGUGUAUCGAAGCCUGUCCUGAAUAAUGUCAUCUUUUGUCACCAAGAAGAGUCGAACUGGCCUCUUACCGAGGGCAAAGCGCUCAAGGACAAGUUUGACUCCAUCUUUGCUGCAACCAAGUAUAUCAAAGCUCUGGACACGAUGCGUCAGUUGCGACUCAAGCAGAGUCAAACAGUCAAAGAGUGUCAGGUGGAGCUGCGCUACCUGAAGCAGAACACAGAGAAAGCCCAACAGAUUAAAGAGAUGGUUGCCACCAAGGAGGCUCAACUGAUGGCCUCUAAAGACAGCGUCCAGCUGAUAGAGAACCAGAUUGAUCCACUUGAGAUAAGACUCACCGAUAUUGACAUGAAGCUGGGUAAAGUGAUGAAGCUGGACAAUGACAUCAAGGCUUUGGACAGCAGGAAGAAACAGAUGGAAGAGGACAACAAAGAGCUUGAAGAAACGAUGGAACAGGUGUUCCAGGGUUCAGAUGAGCAGCUGCAGGACAUUUACCAGAACCAUCAGAAGACGGUGAGGGAGAAGGAGCGCAGGCUGACCGACUGUCAGAAGGAGCUGGAGAGAGCUGGUCGGGAAUGUCAGAGACUCAACAGAGUCAAAGCUGAUCUCCUGGUAGAACAAGGUCGUCUGCAACUUCAGGCUGACAGACAAACUCAAAACAUCAAGAACCGCGACACUCAGGUUCGCUCUCUGUCAUCUUAUCUGGGGAUGGAGGGUUAUGACCGACCUCCUUUUUCCACUCUUCAACUUGAGAGCUUUAAUCGUCAUGUCGCACAGAGACUGGAGCAGGAGAAAGACACAGCCACUCAGGUUCUGGCGGAUCUGCAGGAGAAGGAGCAGCAGAAGCAGCAGUCCAUCGAUGAAAUGAGGGACAAGAAGACCGGCUUGGAGAGAACAGUGGAGUUGAAGAGAGACCUGCAGGGGAAAAAGCAGCAAGAACUAAGGAACAUCAGGGCAGAGCUGCAGAGGCUGGAGGGUUCAUCGAGCCGACUGCAGGAACUGGAGAUUGAACUGGCGAAAGCAGAGCGUGAGUUGCAGAGCGCAGUUCAAAACUCCAAUGUGGAGGAGCUGAAGGCCGAGGUGGUGGAGCUCCAGAGAGAAAAGGCUGAACUUGAUCGCGCACAAAGACAUCUGGACAAAGAGAUGGAGAUGCUCAACUCACACACCACUGCACGGACGCAGAUGGACAUGCUAAAAAAAGACAAGACUGAGAAGGAUGAGCAGGUACGUAAGAUCAAGUCUCGUCACAGUGAGGAUCUGGUGUCACUGCUCGGCCACUUCCCUAACAAGAGAGAGCUGGAGGACUGGAUCUAUUCCAAAUCUAAGGAAAUCAACAGUACCAGGGACAGACUUGCCAAACUCAAUAAGGACCUGGCAUCGAGCGAGCAGAAUAAAAGCCAUAUUGCUGCUGAGGUACGAAAAAAGGAGCAGCAGUUGGCACACGACCAAGAGAAGUUCUUCAAUGUAUGUGGCAGUCAGGAUCUGGAGCAGGACCUGGGCAAACUCCAAGAAGACCUGGAGAAGGUCUCCAAACAAAGAGCCAUGCUGGCUGGAGCCACAGCAGUGUACACUCAGUUCAUCAGCCAGCUGACAGAGGAGAGAGAGCCCUGCUGCCCUGUGUGCCAGAGAACGUUCCCCUCAGAGCCAGAUCUGCAGGAAGUUAUCAGCGACAUGCAGUCCAAACUGCGCCUAGUGCCAGACAAGCUGAAAAACACUGAGCAGGACCUGAAGAGGAAGGAGAGGAAGAGAGAUGAUAUGGUGGCUCUCCGUCCUGUCAGGCAGUCCAUCAUACAGUUUGAGGAGAAGGAGCUGCCUGAGUUAAGAAACCGCCUGCAGACUGUGAACAGAGAAAUCGAGAAACUGAAGGGUGAUGUGGAGGAGCAGGAGACUCUGCUUGGUACCCUGAUGUCAGAGGAGGAAACAGCAAAGGCCUGCCUACAGGACAUUUCUCUCAUGGACAGAUACCUGAUGGACCUUAGAGAGGUGGAGAGGAAAGUAGCUCAGCAUGCAGCUAAACUUCAGGGAGUAGACCUGACCAGAACCAUCCAGCAAGUCAGUCAGGAGAAACAAGAAACUCAGCACAAGCUCGACACCAGCUCGAGCAAAAUGGAGCUGAAACGAAAGCUCAUCCAGGACCAGCAGGAUCAAAUUCAGACGCUUAAAAGUGCUGUGAACGAGACGAGAGCAGAGAAACUCCAGCUGAGCAGUGAUAUGCAGAGGCAGCAGCAGCUGGAGGAGCAGUGUGUGGAGUUCACCUCCGAAAUACAGACCUUAACCAGGGACAUCAGGGAAGCAAAUGAACAGCUCUCCCCUUUAUCUGCUGCUCUUGAUAAGCUGCAACAGGAGAAGCAGGAGCUGGUGGAGCGCAAGAGGCAAAAGCAGGAGGAGGGGCAGGAGAAGAUCAACGCCAUCAAAGAGCGAGUGAAGGUGAUCACCACUUUGGAGAGAGACAUCAACAAAUACAUCGAUGAAGGCAAAGACCAAUAUAAAGAGCAAAAAGAGGCUGAGCUUCAAGAAACCAACACUCAGCUCCAUGAAGCUGAGAAGCAUAAAGAGAAGAUCAACAAGGAGAUGGGAAACAUCCGUCAGGACAUUGACACUCAGAAGGUCCAGGAGCGCUGGCUGCAGGACAACCUGACACUAAGGAAGCGAGUUGAGGAGUUGAAGGAGGUUGUGGUUAAACGUGAAGCUCUAAUGAAAGACAUGGGCGACAUGCAAGUCAUGCAGCUGCGCCAAGAGAGACGUGAAUCCGAACGCAAGUUGGAAGACCUGAAGAAGAACCGCGGUGUCGCAGUGGGUCGUCAAAAAGGCUUCGAGGAGGAGAUACUGCACUACAGAAAAGAGCUGAGAGAAGAUCAGUACAACAAAGCUGAUGAGCGCUACAAAAACAAGAUGAUCACAAUGAGGACCACAGAGCUGGUCAUCAAAGACCUGGAUAUCUACUACAAGGCCCUCGAUCAAUCCAUCAUGAGAUUUCACAGCAUGAAGAUGAAUGAGAUCAACAAAAUUAUCCGAGACCUGUGGCGCAGCACAUACAGGGGUCAAGACAUUGAGUAUGUGGAGAUCCGGUCUGAUGUGGACGAGAACUCUUCAGCAGGAGUGAGGCGGAGGGUUUACAACUACAGAGUAGUUAUGGUAAAAGGAGACACUGCUUUGGAUAUGAGAGGACGCUGCAGCGCGGGUCAGAAGGUGUUGGCAUCCCUGAUCAUCCGUCUAGCUCUGGCAGAGACCUUCUGUCUGAACUGUGGGAUCUUGGCCCUGGAUGAGCCCACCACCAACCUGGACCGGGACAACAUUGAGUCACUGGCGCACGCCCUUGUGGAAAUCAUUAAGAGCCGCUCUCGCCAGCGAAACUUCCAGCUGCUGAUCAUCACCCACGAUGAGGACUUUGUGGAGCUGCUGGGUAGGUCCAGCUACAUCGAGCACUUCUAUCGCAUCAGAAAGAACCAGGACCAGAACUCUGAGAUCACAAAGUGCAGCAUCACCUCCCUCUCAUCGUACCUCCACUGAAGGAAAAUGACUCUUUGAACUCCUUUUGGAUUUUCACUGUAAACUUUGGACUUUCUGCAUGCAUUUCCUUUAUGGAAAAUGUCCCAGUGAACACGUUUCAAAAUGUUAAAAAUACAAUAAUUUGACAAGAAAAGCAUUCUUCAAGACACUCCUUCUAUUCUGUUAACUGUUCUUUAAAGUUUUAAAGCACAAUUUAACCUACAUAGUGUGGCUGACAAUAAUCAACUCAGAUUUAUUUCAAGUAAUCUCCAAAACUGGAAUGAUAAAUUUUCAUUUUUGAAUCACUUUUGGGUUACCUGAACAUAAUUUGUGGUCGACACUAUAACACUUCCUCCAGUACGCCAAGGAAGUUCUUGUUUGUGCUUCCAUAAAAGUUCUAUAAAACUAAAAGUUAUGAUGCCAUUGAAUGGCUUGAACAGCCUCAAGCGUGUUGAUAUACACCUUUUUUUGUUUUGUCAUUUCGAGACUAACUUUGUUUUUUUUUUUGUCUUUUCAAAGUCCAGUAGCUGUGUGAUGGCCAGACAUGGCAACAGAAUGAUCUGUUCUGCUAAAAACAAUAAGUCAUGGCAAUAUUGCAGUUUUCAGUUGUUUCCAUGUUUUCCUCUUGGAGAGCUCAUCAUUAAAUUUCUUGUGAAGGUACAAGCUGUUGCAUAUUACUGUCUCUCUUUUUACCUGAGUAAUCAAUUUGUUUAGAAGGGACUUUUUGGAUGGAAACAGACUUUUUAGAUUCAGAGAAAAGUAACUCAGUUUUGUGAAGUUGCUCAUCAGCCACAGCGUUAUCCAAACCAAUCUUAUCUCUUGUAAUACUGCAGACUCACUGCAUCUUCCUUUUUUGUUAUGAGUAAAAAAAAUGGCAAAGGCGUAGUCAAAGCACGUAUAAAAGCAUGUCAUUCUCAGCCAAGACAUCAGAACAAGCUGCAAGCUCACAACUGAGAGAUCAACUCAACAGCUUCCCCUCAGAGGUCAACAGGUUCCCGCUACAAUCAUGAAGACGAUGAUGCUUCUGGUGUUACCUGCUGUAGCUAUGCUGAUUACUUUGUCUGUUUCCAAUCCCACUCGUCACAAUCCUGGGCAUAUCAACCACAUGAUCGACAUGGUGACAAAAUACAAAAAGUCUAUCAGUGUGUCAGUGAAGAAACUUUUUGUGGAGGAUGUGUCACUUCUGGCAGAAGGCAGCGAACCAUGUGGGAACAAGUUCUUCUGCAAAGUGCAUCAAAUCCUGGAGAACCAUGAGAAGAUCAGAAGGGACAUUAACUUUGUGCAUGUCUUGGAGACGCAUAUCAACGAAACCACCAAUGUAAACUGUACGGAGACCCUGAAGAAUGUGACAACUUCAGUGGAAACCAAACCGAUACUUGUACUUUUGGAUAAUCUCCUCAAAUGUUGCCAGCACCAGAACCUCAAUGCGUCCAAAAAGAGCAACAUCUGAUUCAAUGCUACAAACAACACAAUGUAAUGGUCUUUCACCAGAUGUUUACUUGUAUCUGUCCGGUUAUCUGAUUUUAAACGGCAAACAGCCACUGUAAUGACUUAAUAAGACUUGGAAGUAGAUAAUUAAAGAUGGAAGUUAUUGCUUAUUUAUUUUUGUAUUUACUCUACUUAAUAAGUUAUGGCUUUUUUUUUGUUUGAGUGAUAUAUUUAUUGUAAUCCUCUCCUACAGUACUGAAACAAGUGUUGACAGAACAAUAAACCUCCUUGCCAAUGA